GCUGAGAAUGUGAAGCUAAGGCAGGCUAUAGAAGAAAAUACAAAGCGCGAUGCUAGAGUUAAGGAACUAGAUCAAAAGAAUAUAGAGCUUGAGACCAGACUCGCUAUAUUAGAGCAGGGAGGAAAAGAAAAAGUUAUUUAUACAAAAGAUGUUUCGCAAUCUCUGGUAAAUUUCAACGAUACUCCAGAUGCGAUAGCAUCCUCACUCUGUGAGUCAUCUGAUAUAUCUGAUAUUACUUCAAAUUCUGAUGAUAUAGACUUACAAACUGAGAAUGCUCCAGCAUCGGAUAUAACUGAUAAUACUUCAGAUUCUGAUGUCGCUCCUGAACGAAUAGAAAAUAGUUCCGAUUCUAAUCCAUACCAGGAAAAGGAUAGCCAAUCUUCCACAUCUCUUAUUUCUACGGAAGACAAAAGGAUUAAGGAGAAAAAACUUCGAGGUCAAGACUUAUCUUCAGUAGAAUCAGAAAAAACAGUUAAUAAAAUUCACGAUCAAAGCCUUUACGAAUCCUCGACAUUAUCUAAACCAUCUAUUAAUUCUGAUUCUACAGAUCCAUUCGAAUGUAAUGAUGAUCUUUCUCAACCUAAUAAAAACAAGAGCUAUCUGCCUCUCCAACCUCCAGAAAAAAUAUAA